AUGGUUUCAUCGUGUAAUCCAGCAAUGAGCCAAGUAGAAUCGCAGACGCCAUGGAUAUGGACCCCAAGAGAGAGAAACUGCCUCUCUCUCCUCCAGGCCAAGCCCCCUCGCCGCGCCGCCCUCCUCCAGAUCCACGCCUUCAUGCUCCGGAACCUCCUCUUUACCAAUCUCAACCUCGUCGCCAAGCUCAUCGCCGCCCUCCCCUCCGCAGACCCCCACGGCGGUGCCUGCCAUGCCCGCCGCCUGUUCGACCGGACGCCCCACCGCUUUUCUGACGCCUUCCUCUGCAACACCAUGAUGAAGUCCCACCAGGCCUCCCGCCAGUUCUCGGAGGCCAUCGCCUUGUACGCCCGCCUCCAGAGGGCGGCGGCGGGAUACUCGCCGGACAACCACACCUUCUCUACCCUGGCCAAGUGCUGCGCUGCCACCUCCUCCGCUCGGGAGGGGACCUUCGUGCACGGCCACGUCAUCAAGUACGGUUUUGGGUCGAACAUGUACGUAGCAACCUCGCUGGUUGACAUGUAUGGGAAGCUGGGCCAGAUGGGCCACUCCCGAAAGGUGUUUGAUGAAAUGCCCGAGAGAAGCCCUGUCUCGUGGACCGCCCUUGUGACCGGGUACAUCCGGAAUGGGGACAUGGGGACCGCAAAAGAGCUUUUCGACCUAAUUCCUGAUCACAAUAGAGACACGGCUGCCUACAAUGCGGUGAUCGAUGGGUACGUGAAGCUGGGGAAGAUGGGGCCCGCAAGGCUCCUGUUCGACUCCACACCGGACAGAAACGUGGUGUCUUGGACGGCCAUGAUCGACGGCUACUGCAGUUGUGGUGACGUGGAUGAAGCUCGAGUGCUAUUUGAUACCAUGCCAUGCAGGAACUUGUACUCGUGGAAUGCGAUGAUCGGAGGGUAUUCCCAGAACAAGCGGCCCAACGACGCGGUUUUUCUGUUCAAGGAAUUUCUGGCGGGAAACUUUCUCGAAAUGGAUGAUGUCACGGUCGUGAGCGUCCUUCCGGCCAUUGCGGAUUUGGGCGCUCUCGAUUUAGGGAAUUGGGUUUGUGAAUUCGUGAAGAGGAAGAAGCUUGAUAGGUACGCGAAUGUUUCGACUGCACUGGUGGACAUGUACGCCAAGUGCGGGGAAGUCGAGAAAGCCCGAAGCUUUUUCGACGGCGCACGAGCAAGAGAAACGAGCACUUGGAAUGCCCUGAUUAACGGCCUGGCGCUCAACGGGCGUGCGAACGAGGCAUUGGAUGUGUUUGUGAGCAUGACGGAAAACGGGUUGGAGCCGGACGAGAUUACUAUACUUGGCGUCCUCUCGGCGUGUAACCACAGUGGCCUUGUGGAGGAAGGGAAAGGGUAUUUCCGUAAAAUGGAGGAAUUCAAAUUGGUUCCUAAAAUCGAGCACUAUGGCUGCCUAGUGGACCUCUUGGGCCGGGCGGGGUGGCUGGAGGAAGCCGAGAGGCUGAUCGAGAGCAUGCCUUAUGAGGCGAACGGGAUUAUACUUAGUUCUCUUUUGUUUGCGUGUGGGUGUGCUAAGGAUGUGGGAAGGGCAGAGAAGGUGGUGGAGAGGGCGUUUGUGAUGGAACCGGCUAACGAUGGCAAUUACGUGAUUUUGAGGAAUUUGUAUGCGUCACAAAGGAGGUGGAGAGAUGUGGAGAGGAUCAAGAGGAUGAUGGUGGUGGGAGGGGCUAAGAAGGAAGCUGGCUGUAGCGCAGUCGAGGUUGAUGGACAACUUUGGGAGUUUAAUGCGGGGGAAGGUGGGCAUCCGUAUGCUGAGGUGGCACGACGGGUGUUGGAUUGGCUGCGGUUUCACAUGGAAGUGUGGGACCCACUUGUCGAUGCAGAUUGUGGGGGGAUUGGAUCUUGAAAUAUGAAAAGGUUGUGGUUUUUUGUGAGGGUCUGAGAUGAGCAGGCUUGGAAUCUUAUUUUAUUAUUUUUUUUUGCUGCCUGAGUCUUGUGAGUUUUCUGAUGAGCAAAUGCACGUGCGCGUAAGAGGAUUGGGUUUGUGUUGGGAGUUGGUUGCUGUUGCGUUUGGAAAGGAGGCUAAUUUGGAUUUGACCGUAAUAAUUAUGUGCGACCAUUGACAAGAUUUUCUUGAAAAGAUGCGAGAGUGCGAUGCGUCUUUUUUAGGUGAAAUUCUAGCGUUUAAAGCUUUUCUGAUUUCCUGAAAGAAGACGAAAAGUAGACUGCGAACGAGCGAACCCUUUGAGCCAGCAAGUGGUGAUGGUGGCCAUGGGAACCACCCUGUGACAAGUUUCAUUACCUACACUGGAUUCGAGGAGUUUGUGCCAAGAACUUACACCUAAAAAGGUCCAGAGAAACCUUUUAUGUUUGAACUCGCUUUUUACAUAUAUACAAUACGGGGCUAUCUGUUAAAACCCAGCGGCAAAUUGUGAAUUUAUCAUGUUUGUGUUGAGAUUGCUCGUCACAUUAUUACCUUUGUGGGGGAAAGAUAUCUUUUGAAAUAUAAGUGCACUGACUGCGUUUCUUUGUUGUGCUGAGUUUGCAUCUUGUUAGUUUGAAGAUUGUUGAAGAACAGUAAAUUCAAAUUUCUAUUAGGAAGGAGAAAAAUAGACCACUACUCUGAAUUUUCAUGUCCUGUUAAAAGUUGUGAUGCAGGUUCACAUGCAUAAUUAUUGAAUGCAAAUGUUGUGAUUUAUAAGCUUGUUAUGUCAAAUAUUGAUUCCCUCUCCUGUUUGAAUGCAUAUGUUAUAUUUCUCAUAUAGCUUGUUAUGACGGUUGUUUUCUCUAUUUUUGGACAUACUUACGGAAAAAAAUAGAACAAAUUAUCAGUAAAAAAAAAGUAUCUUAUAAGAAAACCACAUAUCCCCUUUGUUUGCCGACACGUGGCUGCCUUCUUUGCUCUCCAUUUGAGAGUAAAUGACGUCGUUUGGUCUACCUUAAUCGUUAAGCCCCACCACGAAACUUUUUUCCUUUUGGCAGAAUUCCCGCUGGUCAAGACGUCUCUUUUUUUCCUUUCCCCGAGUUCUCUCACACACGCAAUCAGACAGUCUUUUCAUUUACCCACCCCUCUAUCUUAUCUCCUCUGCCAGAGGAAAAAAUAUUAGCGAUCGGCAUUCGACAUCACCCUCAUUCUUUUCAUUUUCCAAACCCUUUCUUCUCUCCUGACUGAGUUCGCUCUAGCCUCGCCAGGCAUAGCCU